AUGGCUUUCCAAGACCACAUGUCGCAAGAAAUGGGCUUCCAGCCGCCGCCGCCGCUCUCCGCGGCCUCCGCCGGGCCUUCGUGGCUGAACAGCGCCGUCCUCCGCCGCGGCGACGGCAGCGACAGGAGCGAGAACGACAGCAACAACAACAACAACCACCACCACCACGGCGGCGGAGGUGGGGAAGAUGAGCUUCUGGACGGCGGCGGGGGAGUGGGGGAUUGGGAGAGGGCGAAAUGCAAGGCGGAGAUACUCUCCCACCCGCUGUACGAGCAGCUGCUGGCUGCACACGUGGCGUGCCUGAGAAUCGCCACGCCGGUCGACCAGCUGCCCAGGAUCGACGCUCAGCUGGCUCAGUCGCAGGAAGUGGUGGCGAAGUACUCCGUCGUCGGUAACGGCCCCGUCGUCGACGAGAAGGAGCUUGAUCAGUUCAUGACGCAUUAUGUUCUGUUGCUUUGUUCAUUCAAAGACCAACUCCAACAACAUGUCCGAGUCCACGCCAUGGAGGCUGUCAUGGCUUGCUGGGAGCUCGAGCAAGCCCUCCAGAGCCUCACAGGUGUAUCUCCAGGAGAAGGCACAGGCGCUACGAUGUCAGACGACGACGAUGAUCAAGUAGACAGCGAAGCCAACAUGUACGAAGGAAGCUUGGAUGCUAUGGACACCAUGGGAUUCGGUCCACUCGUCCCUACUGAAACCGAGAGAUCGUUGAUGGAGCGAGUGAGGCUGGAACUGAAGCAUGAGCUCAAACAGGGUUACAAGGAGAAGCUAGUGGACAUAAGAGAGGAGAUUCUUCGUAAGAGAAGGGCAGGGAAACUGCCUGGAGACACCACAUCAGUGUUGAAAUCUUGGUGGCAGUCGCAUUCCAAGUGGCCAUAUCCAACUGAGGAAGACAAAGCGAGGCUGGUUCAAGAAACGGGGCUGCAGUUGAAACAGAUAAACAACUGGUUCAUCAACCAAAGGAAGAGGAACUGGCACAGCAACCCAUCUGGGUCUACUGUCAAGAGCAAAAGAAAGAAGUAA